GGGAGUUAUGGAAAAGAACAGCAAUUGAUUUUCUGGCUUAAUGUCCGAGUACACAGCCUUGAUUUAGGAAGGGGGUUAAUUCCUAUAGUCAGGCUUUACUAUGAUCUCCCUUCCCUUGUUGUAUCUAAAGUAGCCUACUGUUCCCAAAGAGGAAGUUAGCUCUUUUAAAUAGCGUUGUUACUUCGUGACAUCUUCCUUAGUCGAAUAAAACGACACUAACUUCCUCCCCUUAUGUGGUGUGUAUGACAAUGAAUCUUCAGGAAUACGCUGGAUAUGGGAGUCAGUGGGCAAGAGGGCCAAAUAACAUCAACCAGGCUCAAGAGAUAGUGAGAGGGGUUCAGAGGCCCACAUUUGGUGGCCUAGGGGACUAAGUGUUCGAACUGUCCCAGCUCUCACUGGCUAAUGAAAUGCUCCACUGAGACAAAAAGGAAACUUUUCUCCUUGCUAGCGAUGAGAGGGGAAGGCUUUGUUUCGACUAGAAACGAAAUGCUGUGUUUAGAUGCUCGGAGAUGCAGCCCUUAAUGCUAAAAAAAAAAAAAAAUAGUUCUUAAAAAGCAUAUGACCCCCAGGAAUGCUCCUCUAUAGAAGCGAAUCAAAGCUGUCCCCUGAAAGGUAUGAAUAGGAUCGUAGGGGAAAAAAGGAUUUCUAUGGGACCUAAAGUUCACAGCCAUUCUGUGUAGACAAGAGCUAAGAAAAAUGCGAGAAUUAUACAGAAAACCAUUAAUCACUUCUUUUCUUUAAAUACGUAUCCUCUCUCCUUUGUUAUUAUUCCACAGCAAAUCUCCGCAGACCGUCUGUUGGGGGAAAAAAGUGUUAGCCGCCUCUCCAGGAUCUGCGAGGGGGAAAAAAUUUGGAACCAUAAAGUUGAAAACUUUUUUCUCUCAGUUUGGAAGAAGGCGGUCAGCAUGAAUAGGAUCCGUGGAGCCCAGGCGAGAAGAGAAGAGAGACCCAAAGCUGGGGAGAUUUCUCGCCUACCGCUCGCGUUGGGGCUCGAUGUGAAUAUAUAUUAUGUCUGCCUGUUCUCCCCUCGUCGGUGGCUAAGGUCAGCCGCUUCCAAGAGACCACGGGAGGAGGGGGGCGGAGGGGGGGGGUCCGGCACAUCACGUGACCCCGGGGUGCCAAUGUCCAGUCCUGAGGGUAUCAGGCCCUUGCAAGUUGCCACCCGCCACCCAGGGCUUGUCCAGCGAUGCAGAAAGCGACCUACUACGACAACACAGCAGCUCUGUUCGGAGGUUAUUCCUACCCUGGCAGCAAUGGCUUCGGUUACGACGGGCUAACUCAGCCUCCCUUCCAAUCAGCCACGCAUUUGGAAGGAGACUACCAGCGUUCGGCCUGCUCACUCCAGGCCCUGGGCAAUACGGCCCCCCAUGGCAAAAGCAAAGAGUUGAAUGGCAGCUGUAUGAGGCCUGGCUUGGCCCCGGACCAUCACUCGGCCCCCACUCCGGGUUCGCCCCCUCCCAAUGCUGUCCCAACCAGCACCAGUAGCAACAGCAAUAAUGCCAGUGGGCCCAGCAAAAACGCUCCCCCCAAAUGUGGGCCCGGCUCCAACUCCACCCUCAGCAAACAGAUUUUUCCCUGGAUGAAAGAGUCGAGGCAAAACUCCAAACUGAAAAACAGCUCCCCCAGCACAGAAAACUGUGGCGGCGGCGGUGGCAGUGGUGGAGGCGGCGGAGGCGGAGGGGGUGGGGGUGGCGGGGGAGGCGGGGGAGGGGACAAGAGCCCGCCGGGAUCCUCGGCCUCCAAACGAGCCCGGACAGCCUACACCAGUGCUCAGCUGGUGGAGCUGGAGAAGGAGUUUCAUUUCAAUCGCUACCUGUGCCGGCCUCGCCGGGUGGAGAUGGCCAAUUUACUUAAUCUGAGCGAGCGCCAGAUCAAGAUUUGGUUCCAGAACCGGCGGAUGAAGUAUAAGAAAGACCAGAAGUCCAAGGGGCUGGGUUCUUCGUCCGGAGGCCCAUCUCCAGCCGGCAGCCCCCCUCAGCCCAUGCAAUCUACAGCGGGCUUCAUGAACGCCUUACAUACCAUGACCUCCAGCUAUGAGACCCCGUCCCCUCCUGCCUUCGGCAAACCCCACCAGAAUGCCUAUGCUUUGCCGUCGAACUACCAACCGCCACUCAAGGGCUGUGCCGCCCCGCAGAAGUACACCCCCAAUCCAGCGCCUCCCGAGUACGAACCUCACGUUCUCCAAGGCAAUGGGGGAGCCUACGGUACACCGAGCAUGCAAAGCAGCCCUGUGUACGUCGGGGGGGGCGGGUACGUGGAUCCACUGCCGCCCCCUGCUGGUCCCUCCCUAUAUGGCCUCAACCACCUGUCCCACCACCCGUCGGGGAACCUGGACUACAACGGGGCGCCCUCUAUGGCCCCCAACCAGCAUCACGGACCUUGCGACCCACACCCCACUUACACAGACCUUUCUUCUCACCAUGCGCCUCCUCAGGGUAGAAUCCAAGAAGCGCCCAAAUUGACACACCUGUGAUGGGAGAAGUGAGGGAGAAGUGGGGUGGAGGAGCACAAGGAGGAAAGAGGGUGUGGGAAAGAGCCAGCAAGACUGAGAUUGCCCAGAAGUGAUGGGAAAAAACAGGAGGGAGGAUUAUAGGGAGUUUCUCUUCGAAGAAAGGGCCCGGUGGGAGCUGGGGUGAGAGGAGGGUAUUAAGAGUAUUAAGUACACCCUUCCUCUCCUACUCUCCCACAUCCCCGCAUUGCAAAAUUGGUAUUCAAACUUGCACUCCCGAAUCCGAACCAGGCUAGAGAUCUUGUCCCUCUCCAUCCCCAUAACCUGCCCCCAUUUCCCCUAGUGACUCCAAAGCUCCAAUACAACUUUUAAUUUUACUGCCUGGGGGGUGGGGAAGUUGGAGGAAGAUGAAGCUCAGAAAACUGAAGUGGGGAUUGUGGAGAAGCACAUUUUUAAAAGAGAAAAUAGAAUGAUUUAGCAAAAAGCAACCAAACUACUCACCUCCCACCUUUUCUUGGCUAUUCCAGAUAACUUCUUAAUUCUCUGUCUUUUUUGAAAGAAAACAUAUACAAAUAUUUCAACCCCCAGGGCACAGAAGGAGCGCUAACUUCUCCAUUCUCUAGCACCUUCAAAAUCUACAUCCUUCUCCCUUUCAUUUGGGCCUUAUCUAAGACCACCCUCACUCCCCCUUCUCUUUUUCCCCUCCUCCCCCAUUCACUCCAUUUGUUAGCCCUACAUCCUUUUCCCAGGAUUUUAAGAUCUGUAUACCUGGUGAUUCCUCCCCUCCCCCCCCCCAAUUCAAUUUUCAGUGGGCUCAGGGAUGCUGAGAGAUCCUGAAAGUCAUAGCUGCCUAUAUUAUAAAGAUAUAGCUAUAUAUAUUUUUUCCUUUGAAAAAUGACUGAGGAGCAGAGGUAGGCCUGGGGCAAGCAAGUUGUCAGGUCUAAAUAUUUGCCUGUCUUCCUCUGCCCCCACUUUCUCAUGCUCCAGUCCAAUCACCACAUCCUCCCUUCUCUUUAGGGCUCAUCACAAAAAGCAAUCCAGACACAAGGGGUUAGAAGCUUUUUAUUAUUAUUAUUAUUUGAUUAUUCUCUUGACUUAACGUGAAAACAGGGUAUAUUUGAACAAACUGUAUGUCCCAGGGCCUGAGCUGAUGCCAGAGCCUUUGGUAUGUGCUGGCCUAAUGCUCCUAACUGGGAUACCAUUGUUGCACUUAGAGUUUACAUUUUAAUGGAUAUAAAAACAACUGUGAGAGAUGCUUGGGCCUGAAGAAUCCAGGCGUUGCUCUAAAAGCGUGUGUUCUAGUGAACAUUUUCAUAUAUAUUUAUUGGUUAUAGCCUGUUAAAAUAUUUUCUUUUUUUGUAUUAUUUAUCCCCCUACCCAACAUUAUGUAUUUAUACGAAGUACAAAAGAAAAUUGUACUUUUUUCUUUUAGUAUUUACUUGUUAUAAAGGACGUUGUGUUUCCUGUCGUAAAACCUUUUCAAUUUUAGUUAUUACUGUACUCUAGGAAAGAGCCGUAGAUUUAUGUUAUCCUCGUACUUAUGAGCAAUUGUAAUUAGUUCUCUUAAAGGCAUGAAUUCAGCUCCUAAUCGUCUCUGUAUAGUCCUGAAUUUGUAGAUUUAGAGUUACUCCCUCUUGGAAAUCUUUAUUUGUUCUUAGGAGUUACUUUUUCCUUACUAAAAAGGAUUGUCUGUCAAGCAAUUCUUGAAUAAACUUUCUGUUAUCAAUUUUA